ACACGCACACGCACACGCACACAGACAGACAGACAGACAGCCCCCUCCUCCAUCAGCUGGGCAGGAAGUGCAUCUUGUGCCUGGCUGGAAUAUGAGGAGAAGCAGCACUUUUAUACAGAGCUGCGGGGACAAAACACUCACCUUCUGCCGAUAAAACAUUGAAAGAUGGACAGUUUUCAAAGAGGAAGACCCUGGGGAAAGCUGGUCAAAGUGAACUCCAGUGAAACCGUCCUGCUGUUCAACAAGGAGUGCACAGUUGGCAGAAAAAAGGGAUGUUAUCUGUCCUUCCCAGCCAACAAACUGGUCUCAGGCGAGCACUGCAAGAUUGUGCAAGAUGAAAGCUCAGGGCAGGUGUGGCUGGAAGACAUGAGCACUAACGGCACGGUGAUCAACAUGUCCAAACUGGUCAAGAAGCAAACUCACAUGCUGCAGAACGGCGACGUCAUCUACUUUGUGUACAGGAAGAGUGAGCCAGAACAAAACAUUGCCUACGUUUACCACUCAAUCAAAACGGAAGAAGCUAUUUCCCACCAUAGUUACGACAUGGAGCGAUCCGCCCACAGUCCUGCUCAGGUCCCCCCCUCAGAGAUGCCUAUCUCUGUGGAGCCUGUGAUGCUCACUAAGGCUCCAGCUCAGGAGGAACCUCGGCCCUCCACCUCCUCUUCACACUUCUGCAUCAGGAGCCCCGCCGCGUCUGUUCCCGUGGCAACAGCAGCCUGUCCCGCCUCUGGCCAGGCUGCUGAAGCUGCUCCACCACAGGAGGAAGGCAUAGACGACAUGGAGCCAGAAAGCAAGAGGAGGAAAACUGAACAUGAUAGAGAUUAUGAUUUGCCACACACCUCCAGUACAGAAGUGGUCGCUUCAACUAAGCCCAGUGUUCUGUCCAAAGCACCGAUGGAAGAGACCAAGACGGACAAGAUGGAGGAGAGCCUGACGUGUGUCAUCUGCCGGGACCUGCUGCAUGACUGUGUCAGUUUGCAGCCGUGCAUGCAUGUGUUCUGUGCUGCCUGCUACUCGGGCUGGAUGGAGCGCUCCUCUCUCUGCCCCACCUGCCGCUGCCCCGUGGAGAGGAUUCGCAAAAACCACGUCCUCAACAACCUGGUGGAGGCCUACCUCAUCCAGCACCCAGAGAAGUGCCGCAGUGAGGAGGACCUGAAGAGCAUGGGCGGCCGUAACAAGAUCACUCAGGACAUGCUGCAGCCCAAAGUGGAGCGCUCGUUCUCCGACGAGGAGGGCAGCUCGGAUUACCUCUUUGAGCUCUCCGACAACGACAGUGACUCCUCAGACAUCAGCAGUCAGCCUCUGGUGAUGUGCCGGCAGUGUCCGGGCUACAGCGUGGAGGUCUCUCAGGUGCUGUUUGCUUCAGGCUCCAACUACUGGCUCCCUGUACUGCCAGCUGCUCCUGCAGCUCUAACCCCUCCACAGAAACAACCAGCAGAAGCUGAGGAAGGGGCUGCAAAACCCGCUGUGGACCAGCCUUCAACCUCCUCUGACACCCCCCCAGCCCCUCAGGAGUACUGCUGCCCCCCCCACGGCUGCCACCUCAUCUGCACCUGCUGCCUGGAGCCGAUGCCGGACAGACGGGCCGACCCGAACAGUGAGCAGCGCCUCGCACAACAGUGUGUGCUGUGUCAGCGGCCCUUCUGUCACAUGUACUGGGGCUGCCAGAGGAUCGGCUGUCAGGGCUGUCUGGCCCGCUUCAGUGAACUCAAUCUGACUGACAAAUGUCUGGACGGUGUGCUGAACAACAACAACUACGAGUCAGAGAUCCUGCACAACUACCUGACCUCCAGGGGGAAGUCAUGGAGAGAUGUGCUGCAGGAGUCUCUGCAGGCCUUACAGCAGGGGAACUACUAUCUGUCAGACUGUCGCAUCUCUCCAAACGCCACCCUGUGCUACUGCUGCGGUCUGCGGUCCUUCAAGGAGCUGGCCUACAAGUUCAGACAGAACAUCCCAGCACCUGAACUGCCAGCUGCUGUUACAUCUCGCCCCGAUUGUUACUGGGGACGCAACUGUCGCACGCAGGUGAAGGCGCACCACGCAACGAAAUUCAACCACAUAUGUGAGCAGACUCGUUUCAAGAGCUGAAGCAGCGGAGCGGUCUACUCCUCCAUCUCGAGUGUCAAAUGUAGAUAACGGAGCAUCUCAUAGACGUUUAUUUUGAAUCUUCAUUUUAGCCAUCUGCCUUCCAGAUAUUAUGCAAUAAUAACCUAAUGCACAAAUUACAAUCAGUAUCCGAUUAUAAACCGGUGUGGGAUAAUUUCUUUGCACCAUGACAUUAAUGUUUACUAGAACUGCUUUCCAGUGCAUUUUACACCAGCCUCCAUUUAUAGAUCACUUAUACAUGUGGAGGAUGCAUCUUCAAUUAACCUCCGUCUGUUAGACUAAUUUAUUUGUUGUUUCCUGUUAUGUUCUCCAGCCUUUGUGUCAAACUGUUUCUCAGUUUAAGAGCGAGUGAGGCAAUCUGUGUGGAAUAAGGCCAUUUACUGUAUGCACGCACAUGUAAUGUCUCCUCGAGGCUUAAAACCCCUUUUUUUUCUCAAUUGUGAUAUAUUUUUUAAGUCUUUAGCAUGCUGAGUUAAGAAUCCAGGGCUUCCUAUAUAAUGCUGAAGAUCGUUUUAGCAUUUGAGGCAAGUUUUGAGUGAUAUUCUCACCUCUGAGGGACUUCUCCUGUUCAGCCAGGCUUUACCGUGUUCCCAGACUAGGGCAAAAAGCCACGUCGCAUACAUACUAGACUAGAUUUAUAAUCCCAUGGGAUAUUUGUAGAGGAUUGAGAAGGGGAUCAAUGUGUUGUAACGCUGUCCUUUGUAUGCUUUGCUCUGGAUAAUCAUCUCCAAGGUGAUUAAUGUAGUGUAGAAGGGGACGCUUUCUCCCAGCGUCGUAGUAAGAGCUAAGCUGUGAUGAAAUGCAGUUUCUCAUAGGUGGUUGCAUUCCAGGAAACUCAAUAGGGGCAGGGGGGGGGGGGGCGUUGCUUUGAGAGGUAGAGGAGGGUUUUACUGCAGAAUCGUGCCAAUACAAACACAACAGUUGUCAUUUGUGUUUCAAUUAUCGAUGUUUCUAGCUCACCUUGCAAGAAUUUAGAAAGACGUUUAUUCAGAUUUCUAGAUUUUCUCUCAGGUUCAUAAAGCUGCUGUGUGGUUGUUUUUAAAGGGGCCCUAUUAUGCUUAUUUCUUUGGUUUCAUAUUUGUAAUUUGUUUCGUGUAUUGUUGAAAAGCAGCACCUCUUUUCACCCUCUGUCAUAAACCAGAGCCCAGUCUGCCCUGAUGUGUGAUCCUAGCCUAUCAUGUACAAUGUGUUGGAGUGCCAAUAGAACCACACGUGGUGUCACUGUGUUCAGAAAGUAAACAAAGGAGUCCAAUGGAGGCGUGUGUGAGAGAACAUAGGGAUUGUAGCCUUUGCAGAACAUUUACAUGCACUCAAAUCUAUAGAACCAUCUACAGGAAAGGGAAAACACCUUAAAGACAGGGCCUCUUUAACUCCAGGUAAACCGUGUUUAAUGGUCAGUGUUGAAUCUGAUCACCUCUCUUUAUGACUACAAGUGUCUAGUUUAAUGUCUACUGUGUUUUUUACUUUUCUUUCUGCCUAGAUACACAGGAUCAUCGGGACAGUAGUUUCAAGAGGCCUUGUACAUGUUGGAAUAUGAGGAUGAAGUUGUAAUUUGGACAUGUUCCUUUAUUUAGCACCACUUUUGGUGUGUAGAAAAUGUUAAAAGCAGGCCUUAAGUUGAUUUAGGAGAACCUGCACUAAAUAUGUUUUCUAAAUGUGUGUAUAUUGUACAACUGUGAGGACAUUUGCACAUAACUUCUAUCAUACAAAAUGAACCAGAAAUCAUUUAAUUCAACCGUCUUCCAGCUUCUGGAUCAUUAUAUCUGAUCAUAUGUAGGGUUUUGUUCCAGAAUAAGAGAAAUGCGACCUUUUUUUAAGAGUAUCUUGAAUAGUUUAGUAUAAAUAAUGUGCGUUUUUGAGUAUCUACUAUAUGUUAUAUUAGCCAGAGUGAAUAUGGAUGCAGUAUUGUUCUGGGAAUGCAUGUCGGGCACUUUCCUGUUUAGCAAGGUGCUUUAGGUUCUUCUUCUUGUUUUUUCUGCCCCCCCUCGGUCACGGUGGGUCCACACUGGCAUUCCUCAGCGGCUCAGCUCCUCAGCACAAGCCCCGCUCGAUCGCCCCGACAGAAGAGUGGCUGAAGUUUAAUUAUUCCCUAUACCGGGGGAUCCGGGCACCCUAAGCCAACAACAGUCCCGAGCCGCUCCAAUCAGGAAGUGGUAAUAAAGAGGCUUUGGAGGAGCAGCCUCCCUGGAGGAGGGGGGGGGCAUGUUGUACACUGAGGCAAAUAUUUACUCACUCUGGUGUGCAAAAGCCUGCAGCGUUCUGCUCUGCGGUGUGGAGGCAGGGUUCACUCUACCUCAUCACUGAACAGGCAUCGGUGUACCCGGGCUCCUGUGAGGGUCCCUUCUGAUGCAAUGCACUAUUUAAUAAUCACGUUCUAGUUCAAUCACUUCAGAGUAGCGUUAGGCACAUUGAGGAGAGUGUGUGCGCUUUGGUGGAAGCUCCUUCACCCUGUUCUUUGUAUUAGAAAUGCUAAAGUUGUAUUUGAUAUGGAUAUUAUAUUAUUUGCCUGUUUAUCCUAACUCAAUAAAAGACUGAUAUAGCUGUCAA